CCUACAGGUGAUAAGAGUCAUACUUUAGGAAACAACUUUCGUCAUGGCUAUGGCAAAGAAUCCAGAACAGUUACACUUCAACAAGGUAAGAGACACAUCCAGAACUUGGGUGGGCAGUUGAAGUUGAACCAGCAUCGUAAUGACAUGGCCUAUAACUUCUUCAAGAUGGCUGUUCAGAAGAAGCUGACAAGAGGAAGAAAGACCAUGCACAUUGUAGCGGCCUGUCUCUAUCUGGUCUGUCGACUGGAGUCUACUCCUCAUAUGUUGCUAGAUCUCAGUGACUUGCUACAGGUGAAUGUGUAUGUUCUUGGGAAGACCUACCUCAAGUUGUGUCAGGAGCUUCACAUCAAUGUACCUGCAAUCGAUCCAUGUUUGUUCAUCCAGAGGUUUGCUCACAAGCUAGAGUUUGAUGAGAGGACAGAUGUGGUGUGCGAGACAGCGUUGAGACUGGUAUCUAGGAUGAAACGAGACUGGAUGCAUACAGGCAGGAGACCAUCUGGUUUAUGUGGUGCAGCUUUACUUGUCGCUGCCAGAAUGCACAAUUUCAGCAGGACUCAGAAAGAUGUCAUCAAGGUGGUCAAAGUGUGUGAUGCUACCCUCAGGAAAAGGUUAUCUGAGUUUGAGGAGACACCGUCUGGCAAGCUGACCAUCGAUGAGUUUCACAAGAUAGACCUGGAGGAAGAGCAGGACCCACCAUCGUUUACCCGGGGAAGGAGAACCGCAAAACUUGCGCAGUUGGAAGAGCUGAGCAAGAAACAGGUGCGAGAGUUAGAGGGAGAGAUCGCUACUAUACAGAACGAGAUUGAGAGUGCGCUUCAUAAAAAAGUACCAGAUGCAGCAGCAGCAGCGUUAGGGAGUGUACCAGAAGAAGACGAUAGCAACGCUGGCGGUGCUGAACCUAGCAAAGAAAACAUAGAACUUCUCAAACGCUUGGAAGGCGACAGUGUUAAAACUCUAAUCGAGAACAAAGUCAAUUCACAUAAACAGUCGCAAGGAGUUGAUGAAACUGGUGAAAAUGCGGACUUAGCAUCGAAGAGUAGCGUGAAUGCAGAUACGGGAGGGGGAGGAGAUGGAAGAGAAGGAGAGGAGAAAGGAGGGGGAGAUGGGGAAGGAGUAGGAGAGAAAGGAGGGGAGGACGGGGCAAGUGGAGCGGGAGGAGGGGGAGGAGGAGAUGCCACAUCAACAGAGAAAACACUGCCCUCGGGGGAUGUUAUUGAUACGUUGCUUGGAUCUGCAGUAUGGAGCGAUGAAGACAAGGGACUGGGGCCGUCACCAUUAUCCUUGGGAUUUGAAAGCAUCAUCAAAGAGGCUGCUAUUCCAGAAGAAAAAAGUCCUGACAGUGAUGAUGGAGAGUUGGAUUUAACAGGCAUAGAUGAAAAGGAGAUGGAACUGUUUAUUUUGAGUGAAAAAGAAGUGAUGAUAAAAACCACUCUGUGGAUGAAGGAGAACGGAGAAUACAUGAAGCUUAUGGAAGAAAAGGAGCUGAGAUUACGAAAAGAAAGAGAACUGCUUGGAUUGAAACCUGACCAACCAAAGAAGAAGCGGAAAAACAACAAGAAGCCCCCGAUCCAGGCCAACACUGCUGGCGAGGCCAUCGAGAAACUCCUCGUAGAGAAGAAGAUAUCCAGCAAGAUCAAUUACGAUGUUUUACGAGAUCUCACCCAGCCCAGCCCAUCCCACAAACCCAGCCAACCCUCGCAACUAGCGGAGACCUCGCCCUCAGUCAACCUCAGUACGCCGUUCAGGGCGGGAGGUGUCAGCCAGGGUGCCCAGUUGACGAGGGCAGGGAGUCUGGGCGGAGUGAAGCGACUCAGGCAGGGCAUAACUCCCACCAGACCGACUGUCAGAGAGGGACCUGCCCAGAAGACAGCAAAAUUAGAGCCCAAAGAGGAGAAAAACCCCAACCCCUUCACUAUGCCGCAGCCUAAAGCCCCCGAUGACAUAGUGGUAGAGUCCGGUCCUGUACAGUACGAUGCAGAGGAUGGACCCCACCAUGAGGAUGAAGGGGAGGAUGAGUAUUAUGAUGAGGAGGAUGAUCAUCUUCAGAGUGCUGCUCAGUUGAUGGGACAUAGAGGUGAUGAUGAUUAUCAAGACAACUAUGAAAUGGACGACUUGGAGUAGGAGCCAGAGCAAAACCUACAAAUUCUUUGACAUACCUCUGCUAUCUUGACACAUUUCCAAUGCUAGAUGAGAAAGAAAUUAUCAACUUUGUCAAGUCGGGAAUAAAAAUCAACAUAAACACCUUGCAUUGUCUGUGAUUUGAUGUAUUCUUAGAGAAACUACCGUAUAUUGAAUGAUUAUUCAUGAUAGACAAUUUUUAUCAUAUAUGUAUUGAUCUUGAAAUAGCAUCAUGUGUGCUACAAUAAAAUGUCCUUAUUAAAUGUCAUCGCCAUUCUGGUUGAGAGACUCCAUUGAUUGUAAUGAUGAUUGUUGCCGAUUUGGGAAUGCCAUUGCUUAUGGUUUGAAGAAGUCUGAAAAUAGAGGCCCAAUGUAGCUGUGAAUGACCAUUGCAUAUCAGACGAGUUACAAUGUAAUGGUUGUUCAAUGAAACCUGUCCAUAAAGACCACCGAAAGGAGACAAGAAAAGUGGUCUUUAUAACCAGGUGGUCUUUAUGGACAGGUUACUUUAGUACAUUUUUCAAUGAGAAUCCAUUUUCAAGGGAAACCAAAAAAAUAUGGUCUUUGUAGACCAGUGGUCACUAAAACAGGUUUUGCUCCUAUGUACUUGUCACAUUAACAUUAACAAUUGGUACACUGUAGACUGGUAAUAUUAAUCAUCCUAUUCCACUGACAAUAAAGGAUAUUUGUCCACCCCUUCCUGAUAUGUUUUUUUUUUAAUUGAUGUUCUAAACAUUGCAUAAAUACAAUGUUAUUAAAGAAAUUGUUUUACUAAUUUUUUAACCUAUGGGUAAGAAUAAUUUAUAUAUUUUAAUUGUCUUCUAUGCACAGUAUCAUCAUUUGGCAAGAACCCAAAGACAGUAUAUAUAUUUUGAUAACAUACUAAUUAAAAAAAAUGUUGAUAUACAUGCUUUACCAAAUAUUAGGGCUAUAUUUCUGUCAUCAUGAAAUGAAAACUAUUUGAAUGAAACAAACAAUACCUCACGCUAUUGAUAAUGUAAGAAUUUCAUUUUUUAAUGUUCAUCACUAUUCCUUUAGCAAAUUGGCUCUCCACAAUGAAAUAGACAUGAAUACAAAAUAUAUACAUUUAAAUUUUCUUGUAUACAUAAAAAAUUGAACUGAAUGUAGUACAAAGACUGUUCUUCUUAGAAGAGCAAUAUAUGAAUCAAUUUGGCAACAAACGCAUCAAAAUAAUCACCUCUAGGAAUUGAAUUGAAUAACUAGAUCCAUUAUCUUUGAGCAAUUGAAAUUGAGAUGAAUCCUUGCAUUAACAUCUUUCAAUGCACAAUAUACAAGCUCUUUUCAGGCAGAACAAUUAUAAAGAGAUAUUUACCAGGUAACAUUGGUAUAAAUUGUCUGCUGAGAGCCAGAAACGCAUUAUCUCAUACACUUAAACUCACAAUCAAUGUUUUUGCUCUCACCAGACAUUUGUCAUUUCAUUUCCUGAUGUUCUCUACUUUUCUGAGACAGUUGAUAUUAUAGUAUGAAAGAUUAUUUGAUUUAAACUCCUACAGAAAAAAGAAGACUUUAUUGCCAAUUUGGCUAUUAUUUAACAAUAAAAAGAAGCGUUUGCUUCUCCCAGUACUCGA